CCCGCCCCAUUGCCAUCCCUAUUUGGGCCCUUUUCAUAUAGUGGAACCGCAACCCUAAAAAUCGAGUCUGUAAUCUGUACGAUGGCUGCAAUAGACGGAGGUUCGUUGGAGUUGGGAGUUUCUACACCGUUCUAUCCUCCGCCCGAGGAGAAACCGAAGACUGAAACAGACGUAGGAUCUGACUGUGUCUCGAACAAAGUAGCAGAUGUAUUUUACAUCGCAGGAAGAAGAUUCCGCAGAGCCUACCUGAAAGAUGAGGAAUUUCAACGACAGUCCCUUCUUUUUGAAGACCAAUUCGUCCGGAGCGAGG